AUGCGUCUCUCGCCCGUUCUCGCCUCGCUGGCGAGCGUGUUCCGGAUUCCCCUGCGCCCAACCCAAUCUCUCGGCCAACCUCUUCCGCGAUCGUUUUCGUCCACGCCCUCCAUGGCGAAGAAGCAGGCCGCCCCUAAAGACAAGAAAAUCACUAUGAUUCGUUAUUUCCUCUGGCACCCAUUAACCCCCCGGCCGCUCCGGUUCUCACGGAACCGAUACCUGCGGCACUGGACGAUCCACCGCGCGUGGCAGCUGUACACUUCCCAGCAGCGGAGAAAGGGGGAACUGGAGCUGCAGCGGCAGUGGCAGGCGAUGUCGGCGGCGUGUGAGGAGCUGCGCACGGGGGCAGGCGAUGGGGGGAGGCUGUUCCGCCUGUCGAUGAAUAAGAAGGGGGUGUUUCGCGAUAUGUUUCCGAUCGAGUAUGGGCGUUUGCAGACCGAGACGCCUUCCAAGGAGGGGUGGAAUCAUGCUUGGAAGCGGAUUGAAUGA